AUGCCGUCCUCUACACAUGAGAUACGGGUGGUGCUUCAAAAGCUCGAGUGGGCGGCCUGCCAGGCUGGGCAGAAGCUGAAAUGCCCCAUAGGAGAGGCUCCGCGAUCUGCUGGUCGAUCUCUAGCCCAGGUAUUUUGGGAGUCGGGGCCAACCCGUGGGCUGGCACUCAGUUGGGCAAAGGCAUCAUCUAGAUCGACUACCUUAAUUCCACAUCCUGCUGGCAGUCGUGCUCUAGUCUUCCUAGAGACCCCAAGUUGGUUAGACGUCACGCAGCUGGAAAUACAUGAAGUCCUGGCCGCCAAUAUCAUCGGUGAUUUGAUCAACACAGUCGAGAAACAGCUAGCAAAGGAGGCACUCGGUGCCGCUCCCGUAGUCGUUCACGAGCCUAAGCCUGAUUCCAGCUUCAUCCCAGCCAGGCCUGGUGCAGCUGUCAUCCCGACAGACGAUGCCGAAGAAGUGUUUGACCUUCCCGUCAAUGCCAAACUACGCUACUUCGACUACCACUGCCGUGUGCAGUGUCUCGUGGCUCUUGGCGUCGACCCAGAAUAUUAUGAUACUAUCAUGUACGUCGGCGGGCCGCGGGUGGCGCUCUUCGUGUGCAAGAUCCCGCAGGAUAUAGACCCUGCCCGGCUCCAGUGCACGGUCGACACGGUGUUACCGCGGUACGACUGCUUUCGCACCGUCAUCGUGCCCGUCGAGCACCCUAUUACGCCCUUUGCUGUCAUUUGCGACGACACAGACACCGAAUACCGCAACAGCCUCUGGAGCCAUACGAUCAAUGGCAUCCAGACAGCCGCCGAGGCCAGCAUAAGCGUCGACAAACCCAGCCUCACCGUAGCGUGGGUGUCAUCACCUAAUCGUGUUCGCUGUGCUAUAAUCAGGGCAAUAUUCCACAGUGUCUAUAAUGGCACGCGGAUCAACUUCCGUAUUUGGGCUGUGCUGGCCGAGUAUGCUAAGCCCGGGUCCGCGCCGCCUAUAGAUCUGCUGCCGAUCCGAACUGCUGUAGAGCUCAACCUCGGCUACGACUAG